AUGCAUCUUGAAAGUGACCAUUCUUCUUCUAGGAGUCGUCACGACGAUAGUCACUUUCCAACGCGACCCGUGGAUCGAGACAAGGCUGAAGCAGAGCUUACACUGAACAUCAAGAAAGCGACGAGCCCAGAGGAGACUGCGCCAAAACAGAAACACGUCCGAAAAUGCAUCGUGUAUACUUGGGACUAUCAUUCGUCUAAUUCUAUCUGGACUGGUCUCAAGGUCCAGCCAAUCCUUGCGGAUGAAGUUCAAACAUUCAAGGCUCUCAUCACCGUCCACAAGAUCCUACAGGAAGGCCACCCUGUCACAUUGAAAGACGCCCAGCAUCAAGUAGGCUGGUUCGAAACCUGCGCGAGGACCGUUAGUCAGGACGGGAUCAAAGGAUACGGACAGCUGAUUCGAGCUUACGUCGCUUUCAUUCUAUCCAAACUGCGCUUUCAUCGGCAUCGACCGGAAUUCAACGGGCUAUUUGAGUACGAAGAAUAUGUCAGCUUGAAGGGUAUCGACAACCCAGAUGAAGGUUAUCAAACCAUUUCGGACCUAAUGGACCUUCAAGACCAAAUUGAGGGGCUGCAAAAACUCAUCUUUGCGCAUUUUAGACAUUCGGCUAACAAUGAAUGUCGCAUCUCAGCGCUCGUCCCACUCGUCAAGGAGAGUUAUAACAUCUAUCGCUUCAUCACCAGCAUGCUGCGAGCUAUGCACCGUCGCACAAAUGACACAGAGGCACUUGAGCCUCUCAGGUCUCGUUAUAACUCGCAGCAUCAUGCCCUUCGCAAGUUCUACUUCGAGUGUUCGAACCUCAAGUACCUUACGGGUCUCAUUAACGUCCCGAAGCUCGGCUCAGAGCCUCCAAAUCUCUUCGAUACUGGACAGACCCCUGACCUGCCCAAGCGACCGACAGAAAAGCCGAAAUCCCCCACACCACCUCCAGCGGCACCAUCACCUGAUGCAGCAAUGGUUCGUGAACAAGCAGCAAUGCUCAAGGAGUAUGAAGACAAGCAGAAAGCCCUCGAGGCUCAAAGGAGAGCAGACGAGGCACGAAGGAAAGAAGCCGAACUCCUACAGCAGAGAGAGAUCGAAGAGAUGCAACGCUUGCAGCGAGAACGAGAGCGUGCUGCUCAGGAGGCCCUGAUGGCCCAGCAGAUGCAACAGUUCAACGAUCAGGCUGCGCAGCAGAUCAACCAAAUGCAAAUGGAGAUGCUCGCUAUGCGUGGCCAAUACGAGCGUGAUCAGAUUCUACUCGAGCAAUACGAUAGGCGAGUGAAAGCACUAGAGGGUGAAAUGGCCGGUGUCAGUGCGAAUAUCGGCUCUCAAAUGCUAGCCAAGGACGAGCUUAUCAAACAACUUCAAGACCAAGUUACCCUCUGGAGAAAUAAGUACGAGUCGCUUGCGAAGCUCUACAGUCAACUUCGUACUGAGCAUCUGGAAAUGCUUUCGAAGCACAAGCAGAUGCAGCUCAAGGCAAACUCUGCACAAGAGGCCAUUGACAAGAUGGAGAGGAUGGAAAAGGAUGUCAAGGCGAAAAAUCUGGAGCUUGCCGACAUGAUUCGUGAGCGAGACCGUGCCAGGUUCGAUUUGGACAGGAUGAAAUCGAAUCACAAAGAGGAGCUCGAUAGAGUCCGUCGAGAACUCAACUUUGCCAAUGAAAAGCUCGAAGAUGCGGAACGCGCUAGGUCGCAUGAUGUCUCGGGUAUGGCAUCGGUCUACAAGCGCCAAAUCCACGAGCUCGAGGACUCACUCAAGGCGAAGCAAUUGAGGAUUGACGCCAUGACUGAGAAGCUCGACUCAGCCUCUGCUGAUCUAGAGGCCUUGCGUGAAGAGAAAGACCAAGAAAUCAUGAUCCUCCAAGAAAGUGUCGACUCGACUCUCCAACAAAUGGCGGAUCUACAAGCGACACAAGGCCUCGUCGAGCAAACAACCGAUGUGCAACUCACGAACAUCGUCCUGGACAACAGGAAGAAGUUGAAUGAGAUUAUCGACUCUAUCCUCCAGGCUUGCAUUCACAAGGUCGACGAUGCAAUCUACGAGCUCGAAUCACCUGCACAGCAAGGCAACCUCAACUCAACACCGGAGUACACGCUCUCCAUGAUUGAGAAGGCUAUCAACAACUCGACCGAGUUUGCAACUGUAUUCGAUCUAUACCUCGGCCAAGAGAAGGGUGGAGAUCACGUAGAUGUCAUCAAAGCCGCCAACGAGUUUGCUCAGUCGCUGUCCGACGUCCUACUCAAUACAAAGGGAAUCACCCGACUCUGCAGCAACGACGAGGCAUCUGAUCAACUCAUCUCUGUCGCAAAGAGUGCCGGUGACACCGGAAUGCGUUUCUUCUUGAACUUGCAAUCCUACAAACUCGACCUCGUUCCAACUCAGAACCGUAGGGAAAUUCCUCUGCGCGUGAUGAUGGAAGCACGCGGUGCUCUCAAUAAACUCAGCACAAAGGUGGAGGAAUUGGUCCCGAAGGGCAAAGGCGCAUCGUUGGCAAAGACGAAUGGCGAUAUCGGGGACAUUGUUGAGCAAGAGAUGCUCAGCGCUGCUCGCGCAAUCGAGGCCGCGACCCAGAGGCUGCAGGAGCUCAUUGCCAAGCCAAGAGACACUUCGAAGUACAGCGCCGUGGAAGUGCAGGUCCACGAUUCCAUUCUGGCCGCUGCGCUGGCCAUUACGAAUGCAAUUGGACGCCUCAUCCAGGCCGCUACGGCUUCACAGCAAGAGAUUGUGGCUCAAGGCAAGGGAUCGAGUACCACGCAGCAAUUCUACAAGAGGAACAACCGCUGGACCGAGGGGUUGAUCUCUGCGGCCAAAGCAGUAGCAUUUGCGACCACGUUGCUGAUCCAGAGUGCCGACGGUGUUCUCAGUGGUACUCAUUCAUUGGAGCAGCUCAUCGUGGCGUCCAACGAAGUUGCAGCUGCUACGGCGCAGUUGGUCGCCGCAUCGCGUGUCAAGGCAUCACUAAUGUCCAAGACACAGGAGCAACUCGAGUUGGCUGCCAAGGCCGUCACAGAAGCGUGUAAAGCGCUCGUACGACAGGUUAAGGCAAUCUCUGCUCGCCAGGCAGAGGAAGAGUUGCCAGACUACAAUAAGAUGGCAGUACACGAGUUCAAGGUUCAAGAGAUGGAGCAACAAGUCGAGAUCUUGAAGCUCGAAAAGGAACUGGGUGCCGCCAGAAGACGUUUGGGCGCGAUGAGACGUGCAGGUUAUCAUACGGAGGAAACAGACUGA